AUGGCUCCUUAUCUGCUCCAGUUUGCCCAGGUGCACUUCGAGUUCCGAAUACCGGAACUAGAAUCAGUUGCGAUACUGUACGGUUUCCGUCUGGGACUGCCAGAGGCGCCGGAAGAACGGGAUCCUCUACGACCGUUUAUGAUCGUCGACCUUGAUUCGGAAGAGCACGCGCGCUUAUUGGCCAAACGAUGUAUUCUUAUCAAGACUGUCGUGGAGCUCUGGGUGUCUGCGAAGUCUUAUGCACAGCUGCAUACGGAGAUGAAAGCAGAUCCUUCCCGAUGGGCGAAGUUUACUUGGACGAAACACAAAUAUCUUGUUAGCUCCACAGAUCACACCAUCCCAGCUGCUCGAAUAUUCGACGUCAUGGAAUCAUUUGACUAUAUGGACUUGAAAGGAGAGAUCAAUCUCAAGCAUCCCGACGAGACUUUCGUCGUGAUGGAAGAAUAUCCUCAAAAGCCAUCAGGAGGAGCGUUUAGGUACUACGACGAUGAGAACUUUAUGCAAGUGUACUUCGGUCGGCUGGUCAUGAAUGGUACGGCACGCAAUCUUGUUGUAGAAUUCGACAUCAAAAAGAGGAAGUACUUCGGAAACACUAGUAUGGAUGCUGAAGUUUCACUUUUGAUGGCAAACCAAGCACUGGCCGCUCCGGGAACUUUUAUAUAUGAUCCGUUUGCCGGCACGGGCAGUAUGCUCUAUACCUCAGCCUAUUUUGGCGCGUAUGUCUUCGGUUCUGAUAUAGAUGGUCGACAAUUGCGUGGCAAGGAGAAGGUACCCGGCAUCCUGAGAAGUGCUACACAAUAUGGAAUCGCAAACAGGCUAACAGACUGCAUCGUAUUCGAUAUUACCUGCAAUCCUUGGAGAUGCGGCGAAGUAUUUGACGCGAUAAUCACGGACCCACCUUAUGGCGUACGCGCAGGAGCGAAGCGUCUCGGGCGGAAAGAAGGACAUGCCCUAAGAGAGGAAGCGAAGAUACUCGAGAGUGGCGUCCCUUCACACGAAUCGCCUGACUAUCGACCGCCCAGGCGACCGUACGAACUGGCAGAACUAGUUGUCGACCUUGUCACCCUUUCUCGCUAUAUGCUGAGACCAGGUGGUCGAUUGGUGUUCUUCUUACCAACCAUAACGGAUGACUACCAGGAGGUUGACGUUCCUCAGGCGGAGGGCAUGGAACUGGUAGCCAACUCGCUUCAGCUUUUUGGCGGUGGCGUGUGGGGACGCAGACUCAUUACCAUGGAGAAGACAACAUCGGCCAAAUUCCCGAUGCCGACCUUUGGCCGACACGCAGCCGACGAAGAACAAUCCGAUGGUCAACAUACUCCAGGUCACAGAGGUUUCCGCGAGAAGUAUUUCGCUGGAUUUCGUAGGCCAGAUCAUGACGGUAAUGGUAUAUGA